AUGGCAUCCAUCGGUGCCAGCUACUACGAUGACGCAGCAACCGCCACUUUGAUUCACCUCAUUUCCAAAACCUAUAUCAUCAAAUACGUACGCAAGGCAGACCUCUUUAUAAACCAUGUUUACUGGCUCAAAGAAGGUUCAAUCGAGCCAGCUCACUAUCGCAGACAAACCGCUAUGGGCGCUGCAGUGUCUUCUCCUGGUUAUGGCAAACGGUACGAAGAGUGGGAGUUUCCGGACCUUCCAAGAAGCGGCAUCAUUAGCCUCUCUUCUGCUCGAGGUGAGUGUGACAAGUUGAGCAAUCCUUUGUUUGGAGGAUGCCCUUGUGCGGUAUUUCGUCACGUCGCGGAGGGUCUACUCACGUGGAGCUACCAAUCAAUGUUUGUACUUGACAGGUCAUCCAAUACAGAAAGAUUAGAGUUAGAGGGAGGGCAUGUUGAUCUUUUGCAACGAUGGCUGAAGUGGAUUAAUUUUGAGAUGACUGUGCAGACAAUUUGCUCCAUAUACAUCUAUCUGGGUGCUCUAGGCGCCACUUUCCAAACAGCUAGCUGCUCUUGGAACGUGGAUAUGAGUGAUUGUUUUCUGCCGUGCGAGGAAUCAGAAUGGGUGAGCAUAUCCCCACAGGCAUGGUUCGAGUCGAGAAAGUCCAACUGCAAACCGCCGAUUCGCUUCUCAGCCGCAAUGGCCAAUCUUUUCUCCUCUCAGUGGGAACCCUCGCUUCAACUGAGUAUUUUUGGGUCCUAUGUGACUUUGCAUGGCAUCGUUAAGCUGCUGGCAAAUUUCUACAAGGAUAGUUGGCUUCUAGAUCCGAACCAGGCACAAGCGCAACUGCUUGAACAAGCCCUGGUGAGGUGGCGUAUGUGUGCGGAGCAGAACCCCGAGUUUCAUUGUUCUGCAAGGUACCCCAGCGAUGUGAUUCCAGCAAAUGCGCUUUCGCUGUCUCGACAAGCUCAUGUUCGACUAUGUGGAAAAUUCAGGCCCAUCAGAUCCGCUCUUGCGACCCGAAACGUGCAAACCAUCUCUUCCAGCUUGGAUGACAUCAAAGUUGAAAUAUCAGGCUCAAGCACAUAUCUGAAAGCUGCUUGGUGUGCUAUUGAGGCCCUGCAGACCUCGGUUAGGAUGGGAAUGUCCCACACAGGAUCGAUUUCAGGGUGGCACUCCAAGUUAUUUUUCAAUGUCUAUUCUUUAGAAUUCUGUAUAUCCUUUUAG